AUGCGGUACGCGACCUUAGGCACCAAAAUCACUCGGACUGACACUUUACAGGGAGUAGUAGUCCAACCCACUCAGGCAUCAGAAGUUUCUAUCGCACUUCUCUGGGCCCAGGAAAAUGCUAUUGACGUCGCCAUCAAAGGCGGAGGCCACUCGACCGCCGGCACGAGCUCCAGCGAUGGAGGCCUGGUGAUCGAUCUAUCGCGAAUGAACGGAGUCACGGUCGAUACCACACAGAAGAGCAUCACUGCCCAAGGUGGAGCGACGUGGAAGGAAGUUGACGAGGCCGGUGCGGCUCAGGGGCUGGCUGCUGUGGGCGGCACGGUCAACCAUACCGGCGUUGGGGGCUUGACGCUUGGCGGCGGAUACGGGUGGUUGAGUGGGGAGUACGGUCUCACAAUUGACAACUUGCUGUCUGCGACCGUGGUUUUAGCAGACGGUCGCAUUGUCACGGCAUCCAGUUCCCAGAAUGAGGACUUGUUCUGGGGAUUGCGGGGUGCUGGGUACAACUUUGGUGUUGUCGUCGACUUCACCUAUCAAGCUUAUGAUCAGAAAGAGCCUGUCUUCUCUGGUCUACUUGGAUAUACCCCUGACAAGCUCGAAGAAGUGAUGGGGGCGCUGAAUGAAUCCUUGGCACAGCCUGACUCUCGCCUCGGAACUAUGUGUUUCUUUGCGCUUGCCCCUGAUGGCUCUGGGCCGAUGAUUAUGGUGAUCGGCUUCUUCAAUGGCUCUCGGGAAGAGGGCGAGAGGAAGUUUGCAGGCUUUACAGCCCUGCAGCCUAUCGUGAAUACUCUCGGUAUGAUCCCAUACUCCCUGGUCAACACGCUACAAAACCCGCAGGCCACCUAUGGCGAUCGCAAGGCUUUCAAGGGCAUUUUCUACCAACCGCCAUUGGAUCCGCUGUUUGCCAGGACGAUCUUCAAUGAUUUCAUGGUCAAAAUCCAGUCCGAUCCUGAUCUUGCCGCUUCUGCGAUCAUCCUUGAAUUCACGGAUAUGCGGAAAAUUUGCGAAGUUCCUCUGUCUUCCACUGCCUUUGCCAGUCGCAACAUCUAUCAGAAUGGCAUCGUUCACCUGAGAUGGACCGAUGCCACCAAGGAUCUGGAACACCGGGCCUGGGCGCGGGAAGCUCAAGCUAAGUGGAAAGCCGAGCUGGAUGCUGCCAUCAAGGAUGGUGACGAGUCAAGUGUCCCGCAAUACAUUAACUAUGCAGAGCCUGGCGACUCGGUCGUAUCUAAUAUAUAUGGCGAGAACAUCGAUCGACUGCGCGAUGUGAAGAUCAAAUAUGAUCCCAACAAUGUGUUCCACAAAAUGCACCCGAUCUCCACGAGUAAGUGA